UGCAAAGAUGCCUCAACACAAACUGUUGCUGAUGACGUUCUACAAGCGGAACCCGCCGAACAAUCAUCGAAAUCUCUCAGUGAGGUUUCUCGAGAAUGGAAUGAUGGAAAGGCAGUCUCUGCAUUUGAUGCACUUCGCUUAGUGAAGCGUGGUAUCGUGAAGUGCCGUGAACUGGAGUCACGACUGGAUGCAGAGACAGCGAUUUUUGUCAGACGUUCUUAUGUAGCUCCCAGUGUUUUAAAUCAUUUGCCAUACCAGAAUUACGAUUACAAUUAUGUAACUAACUCUUGUUGCGAGAAUGUUAUUGGUUACAUGCCGAUACCAACGGGUGUUGCUGGCCCAAUUCCAAUUAACGGCCAUGAAUUCUAUAUUCCUAUGGCUACUACGGAGGGAGCCUUGGUUGCGAGUACUAACAGAGGAUGUAAUGCCGUUAAGCACAGUGGCGGUGUAUCAGCUCAUGUCAUUGAUGAAAAAAUGACACGCGCGCCUGUGGUUAAAUUUCCCAGUGCAUCUGGUGCCUUUGAGUUGAAAAAAUGGCUCAAUAUACCUGAAAAUUUCGCCGUUGUGAAAGCUGAGUUCGAAUCAACGAGUAGGUUCACUGAGUUGCGAAACAUAGAGGUGGCAAUAGAUGGUAACUUAGCGUUCGUUCGAUUCGUUGCCUCCACAGGUGAUGCUAUGGGUAUGAAUAUGGUAUCUAAUUCUCUCGCAAUGAAUCUCUUAAAGCAAAAAUUUCCAUCGAUGCAACUGCUUGCCUUGAGUGGUAACUAUUGUGUAGAUAAGAAGGCUGCUGCGAUUAAUUGGAUCGAUGGUCGUGGUCGUUCCGUUGUCGCUGACUGCAUAUUGCCAGCAAGUGUUGUUGCUUCAGUUCUUAAAACUACGCCAAAGAAAAUGGUUGAGGCUGCGCAGUCCAAGUUGCAAUCCGGAUCGGCUAGAGCAGUGUGUAUCGGUGGAAAUAAUGCACAUGCUGCAAAUAUAGUCACAGCAAUAUUUUUGGCAACUGGACAGGAUUGUGCUCAAGUUAUUUCGUCAUCUAUGUGUUCGACACGUAUGGAAGAAACUUCAGAAGGUGACUUGUAUGUUAGCUGUACCAUGCCGUGUGUUGAAGUGGGGACCGUCGGAGGUGGAACGAUCUUACGCCCACAGAACGAAUGUCUACAGAUGCUCUCUUGUGCUGGCCCAUCCCUUCCAACUCCUGGUGCGCAUGCUAAUCGCCUGGCAGAGAUUAUUUGUUCCACUGUGUUGGCUGGUGAAUUGUCUCUUAUGGCUGCUUUGAUUACGGACCAGCUAGUUUCUACGUCACACUCAUACCUGUUUGCAUGCAUUACUAGUAAUAAGUGGAUGGCGACACAGCAACCAGUUGAAAACCCAUCUCCACUGGUAGGAAAUUCCUCGAGGAAAGACGUACGUGUCAAGAGGACUACACUCAAGGUUGAGUGCUCGAAUAUCCUGUGA